ACAAGAAGAAUCAAAGUAUUGAAAUAAGUUUAGAGAAAUGUCUUUCCAAAACAAAAACUUAUACGACUUGUUAGGUAAUGACGUCGAAGACGAAAAUGCUGCUCCUCAAUUGCCAUCCAAGGUAGUUGUUAAGCCAAACACCAGCUCCAAGAAGGCUGACGCUGCUCCAGCUUCCGCUGACCCAGCCAAAGCCAAGAAGAACAAGUCCAAGCCAUCUGGUAACGAAGGUGCUUUCAAGAACAAGAACGACAACAAGGACGUUGCUGCUCCUCAAUCCACCGCUUCCAAGCAUUACAAGAAACCAUUUGACCGUCACUCCAGAACCGGUAAGACUGACUCCAAGAAGAAGUUCAAGCAAGGUUGGGGUGAAGACGCUCAAAGAGUUGUUGAAGGUGAAGCUGAAGGUACUGAAGAUGCUGCUGCUGAAUUAGCUGCUGAAGCCACCGAAGAAGAAGCCGAACCAGCUGCUCCUCAAAAGACCUUACAAGAAUACUUGGCCGAAUUAGAAGCUAAGAAGCAAGAAUUAGAAGGUAACAAGAAGUUAAGACAAGCUAACGAAGGUGCCGAAUCCAAGUGGAGUGGUGAAGAAAAGAUUGAAAAGCAACAAGAAGUUUUCUUUGAAUCUACCACCACCAAGAAGUCCAAGUCCAAGGCUCACAAGGAAAAGGUUUUCUUAGAAGUUGAUGCUACUUUUGCUGACGAACAACCACAACAAUUCUCCAAGAGAGGUGGUGCCAGAGGUGGCGCCAGAGGUGGUAGAGGUAGAGGUGGUGCCAGAGGUGGUGCCAAGAGAGGUUCCCCAAAGCCAGCUGCUGACCUCAACUCCAACAACUUCCCAUCUUUAUAAAAGACUGGUACCAAUCAGGAACAAGCAGAUAAUAAACUGUUGUAAAUCAACAAUAUUUGUUGAGUAAUUAAAUAUGUUUUUAGUUUUUUUUUUGGCGUGGUAAUAGUAAAAAGACAUUAUUAUCAUUUUGAUUAUUGUUGUAGUAUGGAACACUGUAGACUGUCUAAGCUGUUAUUGCAGCAAUAUUAUUUUCGACAGUUAAGACAAUAUAUCAAAAUUGGUAACUUCAAUAUAGUCGUGUUGUUUCGGCUAAGUAAUAUCAAAUUGUAGUGGCAGUUCCACAUCAAAUGCGGAGGAAUCGACAAUUCUAACACGCCACCCAAUAUUUAUAGUUUGAGACUCGUGAGAUUAGACGUUACAACCAUAUUUUAUGUAGAACUGCCACUACGAUUUUACCUCAACCAUAUUUAAUAUCCAUGUUGGUGGUUCUCUGCCAAUCCAGAGCUUGUGACUAUAUAAGCUGUUGUUCAAAUUGAUCAAUGAAAUUAGAUGCAACUUUUCCCUUAAAGUCUGAUGUUAGAAUAUGCAAUCUUUGUACUGAUUAUAGCCCCAUUCUGGUUACUAAUGCAGUAAAUACCUUGCCACGUCAAAUUGCAACGCCAGCUACUGACCGCAGAGUAAGCACAGACUGGUGAGUUUAUAUUUCUGACACUGCUCAUAUAACCUGGCUUACUUGUUGUUACAGGCUCCACGGCCAAACUGUCAAACCGGUUGAAUUAGGAAAGUUGGUAGUAAAUAUAUAGAUGUAAUCCCAUCUCUUUUAAAAGCAGAGAACUCAUCUAACUGAGUCAUCAUAUUUGAACACUUUGAAUAUCCUGAUUAUUGCAGUUAGAAUAAAUGUAUAGGUAAAACUCACAUACGAAUUCUU